GCGCCCCGCACCUCCAGUCCUCACAAACACAUCAAUCAAGCAAGAACACACACUCUCGAGAGAUUCUCAGUCUCGGGCUCUCAAGGAAGGAUUUGGUGAACUCGCUGAAUUCGCUGUGAUCAAGAGCUCGGGGGGUUAAUUAGUUUGUUGGCAUGGAGUUGGAGAUGGUGAGCCAGCACGGGGCGCUGCUGAAGGUGGGGCUGUUCGUGCUGGUGCAGGCGCUGGUGUACCUCAUCCUCGCCCAGUCCUCCUCUGUCUUCUCCACCACCAAGACCCUCGGCCUCCCCCCGGCGCGCUCCCUCAGCGCCCGCCGCAUGGUCGCGCUGCUGUCCGACCUGCCGCUGCCGCUCGGCGGCGAGCCCUCGCCCCGCGCCGUCUCCGUGGAGCCGUCGUCGCCGGUGCCCCUCGCCCACCAGAAGAAGGAUUAGUUGUUAACCAAGCGCGAUUGGCGGCAGGGACACGGACCGAGCUAGCAAGCGAUCGUUUGCGAGCUAGUACCCGGUGCGUGCUGUAGCCUGUAGGAGCUAUUCACGCCAUUCUUUCAUUGAUUGGUUAUUGGUUUGUUCUUUGGGAUUGGAUAUGUAAACUGAGCUACACGCCGUUUGGGUUUGUACAAUUAAGUGGCCAUACGAGAUUAUGUUUUGGCUUGUUAGAAUAAAUCCGAGAUAUACCGUUGAUAUUCGAGGACCAA